AAAAGGAAGUUAAAAUUUGUCCAGUCGUCAACCUUACCUCAUCCUAGAGGUGCUAGUUGUUGUCGCGGUAGCGGCUACCAAGCUUGAAGUCGAUAAAAAAGGCGGGAUCCAGUUCGUUCUAAAAUGGCUCGUUCUACAACAGAGCGAACAAUUUCAGUUUGUAAUGGCCUUCAGAUCUCAUCUAUUCGCAAAGAGUGGGCUGAUCAAACGUGGAAUUCUGAUUUUCUUGAGUCUCAAGGGUUUCCUGAGGUCUUAGAAAACAACAUUUUCGAUUGUGGAUGCUUUGUUCGAGAACUACAAGAGCUUUUGGUGAUUUCAAGAUUAUGGACUGCUGCAGAGGGUCAAGGCAGUUUGAAUGAAGGUUUAUGGAAGGUUCUUUCAGAGAACAAUUUCUCUCACCGGGUCCUCAUUUCAGUGCUUCACUCUUUUAUUGAGUCCUGUGAUAAGACGUCAAAUGCUGGACCUAAACUCGAGAGUUGUGUUUUGGCAGCAAAUGUUUACAUAGUCUUGGUACAAAUACCAGGUAGUGGAGCGUACAAGGUUUUCCAUCCAUUGUUGUUCCAGAAAGCUCUGGAUGUUUUGCGACUCUGGCCUCAGAAAGAAACAAAUAAGAGGAAGAGACGAGAAGAGGCCACUUCAACAGGACGCAAAGCAAAAACAAGGCGUGGAAGAAGUGAUGACAAUGAUGGUAUGGAGAUAGAAGAUGCUUCCGAUAAUGACACUGACGGCAGCAGUGAUGAUGAGGAUGAUGAAGUCUCCGGGCAGAUUAACACUGAAGAAGCAAAGGCAAAAGUGAAAGUCAAGCUGUUGGCAUUAUUACAGGAUGUUGUAAUGCUGUUAAAUGGAUACUCCCUGAAAGAUUCUGAACAAGCUGUUCAUCAUGUCAUCCAGUUGCUUGUGGAAACCACACGUCUUGAAGCUGUGCCAUGUGAACAAAUCACAUUUGAUUUUCCUGGGAGCCAAAUAUAUUCAAUCAAGUCCAUUGCUUCCUUGGCAUACAUUGGUCUUGGUAUUCUUUGUUCACCCAUUCAUGGCGAUGUUGGAGCAGUCACUCGCACUGUAGGUUUGAAACAUGAGUUAAUUGACACUUCUGUUCUAAAAUUAGGUAUACAUAAGUCAAUAUUCUGCCAUUUCUUGCUGCAACAGGUUUCAACAGCAAAAAGAAGAAAUAAGAACUGUCUUGUCACUGCAACUCAGGACCAAGAUUUUCUAGAACUCCCUUUACAGACAAUACAGUCAAACCUCUAUUAAGCAGCCCUCUGUUAAACCGUCACCCUCUUUUAGGAGGUCACCAUUCAAAUUCCCGAAUUUAGCUUCACAUAUUUACUGUAUAUGUGACCUCCAUUAAGCGGUGACCUCUAUUAAGCAGACGUGGUCACCCUUUGAACUUCCCAACUGGCUCAUUUUAUAUUAAUUCACCUCUGUUAACGAUCAUUUUGUCACAUUAAAAGUGUUCAACUGGAGCACAGUUUUAUGGUCACAAAGAACUCUAAGUGGCGCUGAACAGUAAGUCAGUGACUUGCUUCACUAAAUUAAGUUAUGCAACAAUAAAUCACAGACAACCAUAACUGAGUUUUUUUCACUUCAUGU